AUGGCUGAAGAGGGUUCUUCGCAAGCCACUUGGUACCAUUCAACUGGUGGGCCAACCCAAGGUAAGCAUUACACUGUUGUAAUCGAAAACAAGCGAUUCAACAGCCAUGAAAUCGAGAAGUGCCAUCUCAUCGGUGAGAUCUCUCCCAAAGACAAGAACAAGAUCAAGUCUACGGCCCAGCGAACUUCUGCAUUACGCUGCCAGAGGUGGGUCGUCAACGUCCUUGAGGACCUUGAGAAGCGAGGCAUCGUUCCUCUCGGGACUGCAUCUGAUUGGGAUGCUGCCACUGAGGAUAGUCCGUACAUGACGAUGGCGUUCUAG